UCUAAAACACAGUAAAAGUUAUAUUAAAAAAAUACAGUGAAAUUUUGUUUAACAAAUUCCAAACCAUUCGACAGACAUCAACUCAAGUCAGGCGUCAAAAGCAUCAAUCAUCUCGACAGUUGUUUCAUUCAAAAGCUUGCUACUCUCCCAAUUGGCUCUCGCAACACCUGUGCCAACGAGCAUCCGAUUCGGGGAGUGUGCAUUGACAGCGGUAUUUGCUUCAGCACUCAGUUCACGCGAAAGGCUCAACAUUGACAACGCUUGCAUCCGCUAAACUAACUUCACCGCUAACCUGCUGGCGAUGAGGCGCUCGUGAGCAACGAUUCCUAACGCAUUUCGAUGAGUUGAUUUUUCGCCGCAUUUGAACUUCCGUUCAAAAGCGAAGAUAAUUCGGUGAGAUUCUCGUUUAUUAGUGUCUCGCAUGUUCGCCCUAUACAGCGCAACUCGCUUGGCUGCUAGUGUACAUGUAGAUGCGUUGACUUUAGCGGCCGAUGGUGUCGCUUGUGUGUUUAUUUAACACAAAUCCUGUCGCUCAGCGAACUUAGUUAGUGUUUGAAUUUCGUGAUGUGCGGUUACAAAUUUACGGCUGGUACGCGGAAGCACUGAAAAAUCGUUUCAGCGAAAUAUUUUCGGCAAUCGGAAUUUGAGCUUCAGUAGAAGAAGAGUAGUAUUUGGAAAAUAUGAAUGAGUUGCAGUAUUUGAAAAUGUUUGAAAGUAGAAACGUUAACGCGUACAUAACAAGUUUAUAGUGGAAACUUAAAACUAAACAAAAACCAUAAAACAAAGGUCCAGGAAAACAGAGAAAUGCUAAAAUAAAAAAAAGAACCAAAAUCUAAAUAUUAAAGAAUACAAAAAGUCAUACCAACAAGCGCUCUGUUGUUUAUUAAAGAAGGCUUUUGGAAAAAGGGCUAGCACAAAUAAUUAAAUUUCUCAAAUGUGCUACAGUGAAGUAUCCAAGGUUCUUGAAAGCAGUGCAAAUUCAUAAAUCAAAAUAAAUUACAAAAAUAAUUAUUUUCAAAAAUGUGCUCAAAACAAAGCUGUCGCUGCGGCGUUGUAUGGACAACCGUGCCGCGGUUGCUCACAUCGCUAAUGCUGUUGUUGUUUGUGGAUUACGCCUAUUCGGAUUAUGAAAACACAUGGAAUUUAUAUUAUGAACAGCCUUGCUGCUUGCGGACGUCCAGUAUGCACCACAUACGGCAUCACAAAGAUCCUGUGAAAGACUUUAGCUGUGGUCUCCUCUACUACAAAACAUUUCAUUUCGAUGAAAAUAAUAAUGCGCUCUAUGUGGGAGCCAUGGACCGCAUAUUUCGGUUGAAUUUACAGAACAUCAGUCAAUCAAUUUGUGAGCGUGAUGUGCUCAUAUUGGAACCAUCAGGUUCAGAUAUACUCAGUUGUGUCUCUAAAGGCAAACGAGAGAAGGUGGAAUGCCGCAAUCACAUACGCGUUAUACAACCGAUGGAGUCUGGGACACGUUUAUAUGUGUGCGGCACGAAUGCGCACAAUCCAAAAGACUACGUGAUAAAUGCCAACUUAACACAUUUACCCAGAUCAGAGUACGUGCCUGGCAUCGGCUUGGGCAUUGGCAAGUGUCCCUACGAUCCCGCCGACAACUCCACAGCGGUGUAUGUGGAGAAAGGGAAUGCUUUUGGAUUACCAGCGCUGUAUUCCGGCACAAAUGCUGAAUUUACCAAGGCUGAUUCGGUUAUAUUCCGCUCGGAUUUAUAUAAUUUAACAUCCGGUCGGAAGGAGCACAACUUCAAACGCACCGUAAAAUAUGAUUCCAAAUGGCUUGAUAAACCAAAUUUCGUGGGAUCCUUCGAUGUGGGCGAGUACGUGUAUUUCUUUUUCCGCGAACACGCUGUUGAAUACAUCAAUUGCGGUAAAGCAAUCUAUUCGCGCAUUGCACGCGUUUGCAAGAACGAUCGCGGUGGCAAAUAUAUGAUCAGUCAAAACUGGGCGACAUAUCUAAAGGCGCGCAUCAAUUGCAGCAUCUCCAGCGAAUUCCCAUUCUACUUUAAUGAAAUACAAUCGGUAUAUAAAAUGCCAAAUGAUGAUACCAAAUUCUAUGCCACCUUCACAACCAACACGCACGGCAUUGUCGGUUCGGCGGUGUGUAGUUUCGAUAUACGCGACAUCAAUGCGGCCUUCGAAGGCAAAUUCAAAGAGCAAGCGACCUCGAAUUCCGCCUGGCUGCCGGUACUGAACUCCAAAGUGCCCGAACCACGGCCGGGUACAUGCAUCAACGACACAGCAGCGCUGCCAGAUUCAGUGUUGAAUUUCAUACGCAAACAUCCACUAAUGGACAAAGCAGUUGAUCAUGAGUUUGGCAAUCCAGUUUUCUAUAAAAGGGAUAUCAUACUAACCAAACUGGUGGUGGACAAAAUUCGCAUCGAUAAACUAAAUCAAGAGUAUCUGGUAUAUUUUGUCGGCACCAGCACCGGCCUCAUUUACAAAAUUGUCCAAUUCAUACGCUACGGUCAACGUUUCUCCAAUCUCCUCGACGUACUGGAGGUGGGCGAGAAUGAGCCGAUACGCGAAAUGGGUUUGAGUCAGAAGACGGGCUCAUUGUACUUAGCUAUGGAGCAUAGUGUGAAGCAAAUCGAUUUGGCAAUGUGCGCUCGCCGCUACGACUCGUGCUUCCGUUGUGUAGCCGAUCCGUAUUGUGGCUGGGACAAGGAUGCUAGCACCUGCAAGCCAUAUCAGCUGGGUCUGCUGCAGGAUGUUGCCAAUGAGACUUCCGGCAUUUGUGACACGAGCGUUUUGAAAAAACGUAUUACCGCCUCGUACGGUCAGACGCUGCAUCUGUCGUGCUUUGUUAAAAUUCCAGAGGUGCUGAGGCAAAAGUCGGUGCGUUGGUAUCAUCAUUCAACGGAGCGAGGACGUUAUGAAAUAAAUUACAGUCCCGCCAAAUACAUUGAAACCUCAGAGGGUGGUUUGGUGAUUAUAUCGGUGAAUGAGGGUGAUGGCGGACGAUAUGACAGUUACUUGGAUGGAACACUGCUGUGCAGCUACAGUGUCAAUGUGGACGCGCAUAGAUGUACGCCGCCAAAUAAGAAGAACGACUAUCAGAAAAUCUACUCGCAUUGGUGUAAUGAAUUCGAGAAAUACAAGUCAGCGAUGAAGCAAUGGCAAGCCAAACAAGAGCAAUGCAAUAUGAAAGAGAAAGCGAGUGGCAAGCAUACGAAUGACGUCUAUAGUAAUGAGCCUGUGGUCUGACCGCCAGGUAGUGCGACCAACCACUAAAGACUGACAUUUUUAAGCUUUUGAAAGACAAUAUUUUCGUAUUUUUAACAGUUUUAUUUUGCUAAAAAUUCUUGUAACUAAAAUAUUCUACAGGUAAAUUAGACUACAAACAAAUUAUAAAAUAUGAAAAAAAAUAAUAAUAAAAAAUAAAGAAAUAUGUGACAAUUGUACAGCAAAAAAAGAGGUGAGAAUGAUAUAAAGAUGAAUUGUUGAGUUUACUGCGCUCACUGGAGUGAUCGAGAAACCACAGUUGACACAAAGAGCGGGUCCAGCAGUGGACAAGAGCCACCUUAACAAAGCAUGAAAUAUCAGCAGCAAGCACACAUCACACUUACAUACACCGAUACUCCAAAAUACACAAAGAAAGGCUUGAGUCGAAGAGGCGACAACAGAAAAGUUACUAACAAAAAGAUCCUGCCAGUAAUAAAAAAAAUAUA